GCUUCGCUACGCAGCAAAAAUGUCUCGCGCUGGAGACAAACGGAGCCGGGACGAGCGGAUCCAAGGCUAAGGUAGACUCGGUUCGGUCGGCCCCGGAUCCUCGAGGCCGGCCGUGGGUCCGCUCCCUUGCCGCUUUGCUGCAAAUUGUGCCGGAGAGUGCAGCCGACCAGCAGCGACCUGCUAAAGGACUUCCUCAGCUUGAGACAUUUACAAAGGAGGUUGUGCUUCUUCCGGACAACACGACUACUCUUGUACCACGCCGAGCAAGUAAAGCAUGGUUGUUUGAAAAUGGGCAUGUGAAAUCUGCAGUUGAAUUUAAUGUUGAAUGGUGUGAGUCAGAGGUGAUGUCCACAAUUCGGAAGGCUUUUAUGCCACAGGUUGAAGGUUGUAGUUUGCAGUUGUUACUGGGCUGCCACAACAAACUUGUGAAACCAUCUCUAGCUCCCCAUCAAGAAAUGACGGGACGUAUGUUAAAGAAGGUUUUCCACCAACGCUCUGUACACGUGCAGCCUGACAAAGUAUUGCUAGACCAAUCUUCAAGUGAAAGUGAGGAGGAGAGUCUUGGAUGUGAGCCUGGAAUUUCAGAUGCUUCUUCAAAGAAUGAGACUGUAGUUCAGCAACAUCUACCACAUGUGAUGGAUCAGCCAGAGGGAAGCAGUUUGACAUCUGACACUCCAGAGGGGGACAAUGAUGUGAUACUGAUCGCAUCAUCUCCAAGUGAGACAGUGAGAACCACCACAUUCUACAGUGAAUACGUGAAUUUGCUGGAGAUAGAGGAUUACGAACCAGAAGAUGCAGGCCUUCAGGAAGCAAUUGAAAGCUCCCUGUCCGAGACCAAUUUCAGGACUUUGAACAAUGAUUGUCCACCAGUUGAAGACAUUAUCAGAGGCCUUCACCAACAACUCAACCCUAAUGAAAUGAUCCGUUUUAAUAUAAUCAGAAGGAAUGUAUGGGAUGGGGCCACAAGAGCAAUGACGAGACCUAACUUUUCCCCUGAAAAGACUGUUGACGUCAAGUUCACAGAUGACCACGGUGUGUCUGAGGGAGCUGUAGACAAUGGUGGACCCACUAGAGAAUUUUUCAGAUUAUGUCUUCAAGAAAUAAAAGAUAAUUCUGGAAUGUUUAUCGGGCCGCCAAACAUGAAAACACUGGCAUGCAAUUCCAAAGCUACAAGAUCUAAUUGGUACUUCAUGGCAGGCCAGGUAAUGGCCAUGUCAGUUGUACAUGGUGGUCAAAGCCCUGCCUUCCUUUCUCCUGCACUUUUUAAUUCACUACUCAGAGGUCCAGAUGAGGUCAAAGUUUCCAUCUCAGAUGUGCCAGAUGUGGAAACAAGAGAGAAGUUGCAAAUGAUCAAAGACGCAAGGAGUGACGAGGAGUUGCAGGAAGCUGUUUCUGAAGCAUCAUGUCUGAUAAGUCUUGCAGGGUGCAGCCGCAAGAUAACGUUCACAAACAAAGAAGAGGUGUGCACAGAACUAGCAGAAUGGUAUAUGCUUCAGAGGACUAGGGCACAGUAUGAAAGGUUCCGUGAUGGUCUUCAGUGCUUGGGUGUCUUGGAUGCAAUUCGGAAAUACCCAGAAAGGUUUCGAGAGGUGUUCAUGAAAACAGCCACUCCACUGACAGCUGCAGCUGUUGAGAACCUCUUCCAGUGCAGGAUGGCUGAGAGAGGUAGCAACAGGUUUGAGAGACAGUGUCACACUCUUGGGUAUUGGCGGGAUUAUCUCCAAGAUGCAGAGGUUGACCUAGAGGCUGUCACCUUGGAAGAAAUCCUUGUCUUCACUACUGGCUGUGACUCCAUUCCUCCCCUGGGCUUUUCCCCUCUGCCCUCACUGGAGUUUGAUGAAGUCUCUGCAUAUCCAACAGCCAAUACUUGUGACAACAUCCUCAGGGUACCAAUUAAAAGCACAUACAAUGAUUUUAAGUUAGCCAUGGAUUUCGGCAUUCAAAAUGCAGCAGGGUUUGGGAAAGCAUAAAUACAAUUUGUGACCUACAAAACAAUUGGUGCAAAUUUUCAGUUUGUUUUACUAAAUUGUUUAUUAUUGUUUAAAAAAAAAAGUCACUAAAGAAACAGUAAAAGGUUUUAUGUAGAGAAAAAUUGUCAAAUUAGGUCUGGUAUUUAGUUUAUAUUUAAAAUCAGAAGCAGACAAAAUGCACUUCAGAAAAUUACAAUAUAUUUGUAUAUCAGUGCAAAGUAAAAUAAAAGUACAAAUAAUUUACCAAAAUGUGCACAUGAAGUGCAGUAGCCUAUUAUUUAGGCCUUAAAACAUUUCAAUUUAGAUAUUGUAAGUAGGGUUUAUGUUGUGUUUUUAGUUAUUGGGAAUUGUUAGAUUGUUUUAAUGCUGUUUUAACAGUUAUUUUGUUCUGUUACUCGAUAAUUAUCUACUAUGUUCUGCAAGAUCUUUUUGCCUCAUAUCUGAUCCCAGAGUUUUUGAGAUAUCUACUAUGUUGCAACGUGUUUGGUUUGUUUUUGUGAUGCAUGCUUUUAAACAGUUUUGGAGAAGUGCACUGGUACAAAUCAUAAUUUUUUGAGGUAUAAACUCAAAUUCUAUACAAAUAUUUAAAAUAGCCAUGUUUUUCAGCAUUGUUAAUGCAGCAGGGAUUCAGGAAAAAUAAGUAAGAUCUUUGACCUCCAAUACAAUGCACAAUAUGUGCAUAUUUUCAGUGUAUUUGAUUUUAAUUGUGUAUUUUUGUUUCCUAACAAAAAAAACACUUAAUAACUUGGCAGCAUAAAGUUUUAUAUAUAUAUAAAGAUUUUCAAAUUGUUAGUUUUAUAUAAAAUCAUACGCAGGGAAAUACUACUUCUAAUUUUAUCCCAUGGCUAAAAAUACUGUUGAAUGUCUUACUGAUGUUAAAAUUCAGUGAAUUCAAAGUUCAUACGUGACACAUUUUGCUUUUUUUUU